UCGUACAUACGACAGCAACAAGUGAAACUUGUCGGUGAAUUUUAAGUAAAUAAUUAUUAUUUAUGCCAAGCCUGACGUUCUAUAUAGUUAUUUUAAUAUCUCUCCCUGCUCUGCUCUUUCUUUUUUAUGUGACUGGUAUAUGUAUAAAUCAUAUAUUUCAACAGGGGUCCGUGUGAUACCCAUUUUCACUUAAAUAAAGCAUCUAAUUGACGUUGCGUUCGGCGCGCAGGCGUGAAAAUACCCGGCUUGCUAGUACCACAGAUUGUAUUGACUAAGUUACGAAUAGAUUCAAAUAUACUGCAUAAUAUUUUUCAGUAAAUUUUAACUGCCAUUGAUCAUCGAAUACUAAAUACAUUGGCAUACAAGCACGAAGAUAUCCAAUUCUUUUCAUAAACAUCCGAUAUUAUACAAUAUCUUUUGUAUAUUAUCUAUUAUAUGUGUUUCUUUAAUAACAUCAACAGAAGUAUGUCUACAAAACGUGCACGGCAAGAAUACAAUGUACAAACACCUAUUAGAAGCAAAAGAACAAAAUCAGGCCAUAAUAUAGAUAUGCAUUCAACGAUUGGUAAAGUUUCAAAAAAUCAGAGGCGAAGUACAAGAUGUAAUCCAUUAACAAAUACAAAAUAUGUACAGAAAACACAUACUCAAGCACCUAAAAAGUCACCGAGAAAUGUAUCUCCUUCGAAAAAACAUUCCAUUAAUUCUUCAAAGCUGUUAAUAACACCGAAAAAGUUGAGCCUGAGAAUCAAAUCUCCGAUAAAGUCACAGAAAUCAUCGUUUAAGAAUAAUAGCUUGCAGAGAAAGGCACGUCUAUCUGAUAUUCGCAUAAGUACGCCAGAAAUUUACAAAUUUACUCCUGAAAAAAUGAACAAAAGUAAAAGGACAUCUUUACUUAGCAUGAAACAAGGACUAAGAAGCUUUUCCAAAUCCCCAAAGAUCAUGUUAAAGUCUCCAAACUCAAAAUUGGUAUCAAAAAAGUCACCAAAGUCAAAGGUACCUGGUAACCAAUGGAUUCCUCGCAGUAAUGAAAAGAAACUAUCAGAAUUGAAAAAGAGACAAACCACAUCUACAAGAAACUCUAACGCAGAUAAAACGAAACUUGCGCAUGCAGCUGUAAAGAACAUAGAUGUAGCCACGUCUAUGGGAUUGAUUUCCAUGAAGGAUGCAUUUGCAUUAAAAGAGCCUGUAGUGGUGCUACAAAGACUUCCAAUACUAUGUUCAUCAUCCUUGGUGGGAAUGUAUGUAAAAAAUCUGCAGAAUAAUAGUAACGAUAAUGUUAGUCUAGAAGAAUUGAACUCUACAGCUAAUAGUUCAUUAGAAAAAUCAAAAUCCAACAUAACAAGACAUUUUAAAACAAGAAGAGGUAAAAAAAGGAACACCGAAUCGCCAUCUAAAUUGCAAAAAAUCAUAACAGUCAGUCCCUUAAAAGCAUCUACGCCAAGAGAGAAAGAGCAACUUUGCAAAAUGAACGAUAAGCACGAAGUAGAAUACGAACAAGAAAAUGAUAAAGGAAAAAAUGAAACGUAUGAACUUACAGAGCCUAAAACUCCAAAUUUACGUAAGAAACAGCAAAAGAAACGAAGUGCAGUUGCAGCAAAUUUAAACGAGAAAGCUGCAAAGAAAAAUAUCAAAGUACAUUUUACGAGUUCUAAGAGUCUUAGAAGCCUUAAGAGUUCGUCGUCAGAUACAAAUCCCAUGUACAGACUUCGCAAACAGAAAGAACAAAUUAAGGAUCCCCGUAAAGUAGCAAUUAGAAUAAAGUCAAAAAGAAACAUAGGGAAAUCGCCGGUCAAUGUCUUCCAUAGAAGAUCGCAAUUUGUAAGCAAUGAAAACAUUUCUAGCGCUGAACGUUUCACCCCUAAGCACCAGUCUCAUAACAAAUCAAAGCGUAUUACUAAUAUAAACGCUGCUUCGUCAUUGCCACUCAAUUACUCUGUUAAAAAAUCAGAUCCAAAGUAUUCUGCAAAAAAGGAGGUCCCAAAUUUUACUCAAAUACAUAAAAGAUUAUUUGCCAAAUCGGAAUCUAUUAUAGAUGCAAAGAAACGAUUGAAGGAAAGACACGUGGCAUUAACCUCGCCAAGGGUAAAACGUUCACUGAAAUCUGAAAUCAACUCUCAAGACGGGAAUAUUUUACGUAAUGUAGUGUAAUAUUAUAAAAAUUAAUAUUGUAAUAUCUAUUUUCUUCUAUUCCUUUUACAGAAAUAAACAAAAGCAGCAGAAUAGGACGAUUUUGAAGGGUGUAAGAAUGAAUCGACGUUUUGAACUGCAAACGAAGUCUAGAAAUAUUAAACUAUAGAAUCGAUAUAAUUAUCCGAUGUCACAUGAACUGUAUUUUUAAGUACGAUCAUAUAUUUCAUGUUGUUUAUGUUUCAUGUUCUGUAACAAACUACAUACAUUUUUGUAUUCUUCGAGAUUUCUAGAUGCACAUUUUCCAUGGCGCUUAUUUCUUUGUGAAUU